CCAUUCGCUUAACCUAGUAGCCCAGCGUGAACGUCUUCCGAUACGGCAGUAUCGUGACCAAAUCCUUUACUGCCUCGAGCGCUACCAGACGCUGGUGCUGGUCGGUGAAACCGGUUCCGGCAAGAGCACUCAAGUGCCGCAGAUAGUGGCCGUUGUCGGGUUGUAGAAAUCACUUUCCCUAUGCGCUUAUCUGCGCUGGUCGUCAUCGACAGGUGCGAGAUUGCAAUUAUAUCAGACACAAAACCUACCGAUAGCUAAAGCUAACUCCCAGUUGAACCAAUUUACCAUACAGUGUUCCCGUAACCGAAAGCGGCACCAUGGUCGGUCCCAGUUCGCAAAUCAGCAAACUUUUGCUGACGCUGCUUUUUCUACUAAUUAUUUUCUUCAUCUGGAUGGAUGUAAAUCUGUACAUUCGCAUCCAGGACUAUCCGAUCCGGGAUAAUGAGAUUCGGCUACUGAAUGGCAGUACGGUCCUGAAGCCAACCCUGCCAGUAGCAUCGUCCCGUGCGACGUCGGUAACACCGCUACGGCAACCGGAUGUGUCGGAUCGGUACGAGGACGUAUCUUGGGUAUCCUGCGAUCUAAACCCAUUGUGUGACGUCACGGUUAAGGCGAUGAUGUUGGAUCACACCAAUCACUAUCUGUUCGCACCGAUGGCAACACUGGCGGAUCAUCUGGCCGGAUUCUCCAAAGGGGACCUGAUAACGCCCAAUAUGAUUUCGUUUUUCCACGUUUUUGUGGCUAUUGCAUCCGGACGAAUGAUAGCUUCCGAUUCGUUGGGCUAUCGUAGAAUUGGAGUAGUAUUGUUCCAGUUUCGAACGUUCCUAGACGAUUUGGAUGGACACGUGGCGCGAGCAAAGAAGCACAUUCGAGGCGAACGAUCGGAUAUUGGUUCGGCUGGCUAUUAUAUCGAUGGGAUAUGCGAUGGUUUGGGUUGUAUUGCAUUGAUGAUUGGAGUGUUCAUCUUUCUGAAAAAUAAUCCUCCAAGACGGGGAUACACGCAGCUACAAUCGAUCAUCCCGGUGAUGGACACGAAAAAUUCAGAAUCGGGCGUUAUCUACAAGGUCAAGGUAACAACCAAGAAAGUUGUCCGAAAGGUUCUUUGUUACAGUGGCAUUUUACUGUUGAGUUCCACUGGCUGGAAUCGAUAUAUUGCAAUAUAUCAGGACAUGCUUGAACGAGAGGAUGUCACUCCAACGCAGUUCCUUCACCAGGAGUCGGUGUUUCGGUCGACUGGGUUCUUCUUCAUUUGUUGGUUGUGGCGAAUAUUCAACGUACAUGCCCUGCUUCAUUACUUGCUGCUGAGCAUCUUCUGUGAUAAACUGUGGGAGUACCUGCGCAUGAUCCAGUACGCCGGCUUCGUGAUGCUGCUGGUUAUCAUCAGUGUGGCCGAAAUGCAUCUUCUUGGGGUGCAAAAUUUUAUCUAUAAAUCGUUGACUGGUAACAAUACAUCGUUGUGAUUAAAUUAAGGUCAUGGAAAGGAAACAUUGAAUAACAUUCGGCGUCCUAAAGAAUUAGUAGUCCCUUACGUCCCACUAAUUCAUAUUAUUUGUUUGUGACUUUUUACAAAGCAUUGAUUAUACUGUAUUCUAGUAGGGAAUGCCACACUGCAAGCCUUAAAUGUUAGACAAAAGCCACAGAAGCUGCUGCAGAAGAAAUCAGAUUCGUCCUAUGAGGCCCCCACUACACAUUGAAUGUCGUGGUGAGUCUUUACGCGAAACGUUGAACUGUUUUAAUCGCUAGGAAGAAGAAACCAACGUAAAAAACGACAUUUAAACCAAUAGAGAAACACUUCGAACAACCCCAUGAAAACACUUCGACGAAGAUAAAUAACAAACAUACAAUAAAAAGAUGAAACUAUGUUCAGUGUUGGAAAUCACAAAGAGAAAUUUCUAUUUGUAGGUUUUACGUGUAAGAGAAAGAUGUGAAAUAGCUCUAUAUUUAGAUGUUAGUAUAUUCUAUUGACAGAAAUGAAACCGGAACAAUAUCAAAUCUACUUUACCGCGACCCGGAUGGACGACGAUAUGUGCAAUCGCAACAUACAUAAGAAGAAAGGCAGACAUGUUAGAGAAGAAUUAUAUAUGCGUAGUGAACCUGGUAGCCAGUUUGCAAGAUGUUGGUGCGUUCGUAGAUACUGUCCUUGUGAAGCAGCUUUUAAUCUUGCGGAAAUCGAAAUGAGAUGCAAAAUAUAUGUGUAUAUCUAAUGUUUGAA